AUGUUAGUUUGUUAACAGAUUCAGAGGAAGAAAUUGAAAGAACCUAAGAAAUUACCUGUUCUUUAGAGUAGAGAAAGCACUGCUUUAAGAAAAUAGCAUUAUAAUGACUCAAGAAUAAGAACAAUUAUGAAACAUCCUAGAAGAAAUAGAAUGCAUAAAAAAUACCUUCUGUUCAAAAAGUAACAAAAGGAUAGUGUUAAUUCAAAUAAAUAACAUAUUUUGUAAUGGACUUAAACUCCUUAGAAAUAUGAAAAUGAUGAUUAUUAUUACACACCUGCUGCAUUCAAUAAACAAAGAAGAUUGAGCCAUAGUAGUUUAAAAUAUAGUUAACAUUAAAGCUAUUUGAAUGAAUCCUUUAUGGAAAGAGAGGAGCUCAAAUAGAAUCUAUUCCUUUGA